AGCUGUUUCUAUUACCUCUGCUCUAUAACACAACAGCAGCUUCACACCAUGUUUGUUCUGGGUCUGUUCACCUGUAUUGUGCUGAGUGCAUUCAGUGCUCAGGCAAAAGUGGUCCCGAGCUUUGAUGAGUGUAAAGGGUUCUUCUACAAAGACACAGAACCAGAAGGACUGGAUCAGAACGCAAAGAAAAUCUGUCAGAUGCUUGAUUAUGAUAACUACUAUUACGCUUCACUGUACUCAGUUCAUCACAGGAUCCCUCUCUACAGCGCCUACAUAUUUGACCCUGACUGCUCAAACACUGCUGGAAAAACAGAAAACUGGCACAUCGAGCCACAGAUUUCCCAACCUGAAUCCCAAACUGAUCAUAUGGUCAAUGAGAGGGACUCUGAUGAAAACAUUAUUAAAAGAUAUCAAGCCAUCAGCAGCGACUACAGCAACUCUGGAUAUGAUCGUGGACUCCUGAAUCCCAACAGCUUCCAUUGCGAAGAAGGUCGUAAGGCAACUUUCACACUGACCAAUGUUGCACCUAUAGAUGCAAGCUUUAACCAUAUCCACUGGAAGAACUGGGAGAAUGCGCUGAGGAGUUUCUUAAGAAGCAAGCUUGACAGUGAUGGUGGUUCUGCAGCAGUCUACACUGUCACAGGUACAGUACCUGGUGACGAUGCACGGAUACCACAGAGGGGAACCUCUGAAGACCCAGAAAGAGUGACGGUGCCCUCUCACAUCUGGACAGCCGUCUGUUAUAAACACCAGCUUAAUGACUCAAAGUCAUUUUCCUUCGGUUAUGUUGGGAAAAACCAGCCGGAAGGUGACAUAAGCCUGAUGAGAGUCUCAGACCUAGAUGAUCAACUCAGCAGACUCUAUAGUGAGCUGUUAAAAACUCCUCAGUUAAUUAGGAUUUUUGUUGAUAAUUGUUUUGAUGACAGUAAAACAUUAAAUGAAAUUCAGGGUGUAUUUGACAAAUUAAUAAAUCUGCCAGCGAACCAAGGAGACCAGAUGGCCACAGAUGAGCAGAACAUGUCUCAGACCCUGAAAAGGGUCGUCAGAAGUUCCCAGCACACACACUUCACAAUUAGUGGGUACUCGUGCAGGAAAAAUCACCCUUGUGGCACAUAUCGUAAGGACUACUACUGGUGCUGGACUGGUUAUGGUAUGUUUUUCGACGGCUGGGACUACUGCAGCCCUGCACUAAACGGAAGUAGAGCUAAAAAUGGGCAGUACUGCCAAAGCAACUACGCCUGUAGCACAUAUGGUAAAGGAUAUAAGUGGUGCUACACGGAAGGUGGCAGUAAUGACAUGUGCUGUACUUCUGAUGACUGCCACUCAGCUGUGAAUGACAAGACCUGCUGGAAGAAUCACCCCUGUGGAUUCUAUGGCUAUAAUUACCUGUGGUGCUAUACUAAUGAUAAUGGCAGCUGGGAGUACUGUUGCAAAGACUGUGGUCAGUAGGCUUACAGUAGGCUUGAAGUAUUACUUUGCAGAGUUCAUUGUGAUUGUGAUGGUUGAAACAAAAAAUACAAUAAUACAAACAAAAAGUUAAAACUCUCUGUUGAAGGAUCCAAGAAUUCUUGAUGCAACCUGUGUGUGUUGCUAAAAAAGAGGAACAUUUGUGUUGCGUUUUACUUUCUUUCUUUUAUAUUCAUUCAUUCAUUCAGCUAGUCAUUUAUAAUCAUUUAUCAUUUAAUUAUUCAAUUUAAUCAUAUAAUCAUUUAUAUCAACUCUUUAAGCCAUUUAUAUACUCAUUUGAUUGAUUCAUUGAUUAAUUGAUUAGUCAUUUAUAUUGUAUUACUUUAUUUUGUUAUUUUUGUCAAUUGUUUAAUGUCAUAAUUGUGUGGUUUCAAAGAUUUCAAAUUUGUCUUAACGAGUAAAUGAGAGAAUGUCUGUUUGUGAAACAGUACUUUUCCAUUACUAUUGCUUGUAAUGUAUUACAAUAAAACUUGCUGGAUUUGUGAUGGUCAGAAAAAGUCUGAGCAUUGAAACAUACACAACUAAAAUUAUUCAAUAAACUCUGCUUACACAUGUAA